CCAAAAUCAAUCUCUCUGUCCGUGGAAGUGUUGGAACUCCUUGUCGUCUUUGCCGCCGCCGCCAUCGAUCUUGUUAAUCAAAAUUGAGGAACAUAGAAGAGGAGGUGGUGGUGGAACGAUGGAGAGGCCGGGGUGGCUGGAGGGGCUGAUGGGAGAGAGGUUCUUUGGGAGCUGCGGAGUCCACCAGGAUCGGAGGAAGAGCGAGAAGAAUGUCUUCUGCUUGCUCUGCUGCUUCAGCCUCUGCACUCACUGCCUCCCCUCCCACCCUUCUCACCCUUUCCUUCAGGUGAGAAGAUAUGUAUACCAUGAUGUGGUUCGACUGAGCGAUCUCGAAAAGCUCAUCGACUGUUCCUUUAUUCAGCCCUACACCAUCAACGGUGGGAAAGUGAUAUUCCUGAAACAAAGACCCCAGUCCAGAAACUACAAGGGCCCUUCAAAUAUAUGCUUCCAUUGUGACAGGACCCUUCAAGAACCCUUCCACUUCUGCUCUCUUCAAUGCAAGGUGGAUCAUCAGUUGGAGCGAGGUGACGAUCUGUCUAGCAUCCUAUACAGUUUCGAUGAGGCGGAUUUCACAAUCAUUCAGAACUUUGAGGGUUUAGGAAUGGAGAGCUCAUCAGACGUGUUGAUCGAUCAUGGCCAAGCCACACCAAGCUCAUCGCUUCUGGAUGAAGAUCACCACUUAAUGCGUCAUCGUGAUUAUCGGUACAAGGGCAAUAACUCAAUGUCAUACACGAGUUGCGAGGCCAUGAGCAAUACAUCAAGAGUUUCAUGUGAUGCCCAUCAGCCGACCACGACAAUGGUAAAAACAAAAAACAAAAGGAGCGGCAAUAAACUCAUACCUGGGAUUGUUUUGUCUCUGAGCAACAGGAGAAAAGGAGCUCCUCAUAGGGCUCCUCUUUCCUAGAAAUCCCCUCGUCCUGAAUCAAUUCAUUCACUUCCAACUUAGUACCAUCACCCCACAUAUAAUAUAUUCCUCCAAGUACUACCCUACUAUGUUCUUUUAUAAGUUACUAUCUAUAUAAUCCCAUGACCAAAUCAUGGUACGGACAGCGCUCGUAUCAAGUGUUAUUCUCCUUUUUUUCUGUCUAUCUAUAUGUAACAACAAGGUGCAAUUUCUGUUGCUCGCCAUAGCUCAGGUGGAUACUGAUCCACAAAUUUUGUAUCCGAUGUCAUGGAAUUUGCAUCUGUAUAACGCGGUUUAUGUAUCCAUUCUUAUAUGUAA